AUGAGGUUACUGGAGCCUUACAUGCAUGACCUGGUGGUGAAUGGAAAGCCAUGCAAAGUGCUGCGUGACUCGGCAGCAACAAUGGAUGUUGUCCACCCGUCGUUUGUGUCACCAUCCGACUACACAGGACAGUGCUCGUGGAUCCGCCAGGUGGUGGAAGAGCAGAGCAAAGAUAUUCUCGAUAAAGAAGUAAAGCGCAUGCUGGAGUUAGGAGUAAUUAAACCCUCAGAGAGCGAAUAUGCUUCUCCAAUGAUCUUGGUAGAAGCUCCGGGCAAAGACCCGAGACCUGUAGUUGACUAUCGAAAGUUAAAUGCUCUCACAAAGGAUCAGGUGUAUCCGAUUCCGAACAUUGAAGAGAGGGUGGAACAGCACAUGUCUUGUUUCGGACUACCAAACCGUAGUCCGAUUGGUGGGCCCUACCCUGUAGUGGGUUGUGCCAUGUCGCGCAGUGUGCUGGGCCAGCCAAUCUCCAAGCGCCAGCGCGGUUCAUUCGGCGAGGCAUCUCUUCUGCUCGGACACCUCAUCGACUCAGCCAGUCGGGCAGCCGCCGAUAGGCCCGUGACGCCACCGCCAAAACCCAAGCGCGGGCGGCCGGCCAUAAGCUCCCGGGUGUGCGGUGUGUGCGAGCGAAUCUUCAGCAGCCGCUCGGCCGUGCGGCGGCACCUGGUGACGCACACGGGUCACAGGCCCUUCUCGUGCACCGUGUGCGGCCGCCGCUUCUCUCUCAAAGGGAACCUGAUGGCCCACUAUCUUACGCACUCUGGAGCGAAGCCCUUUGAGUGCCACCUGUGUCCGCAGGUGUUCUCGCAACGAUGUUCGCUCAACCGUCACCUUCGAAGAACGCACGGGACAGGAGCGAAGUGA